AGGGCACGACUGCGCCUGCUGUUAGGCUUACCCAUCCCUAAAAAGGCUAAAACCUCAUAAAAAAACAAAUCAAAAUCUCAGCACAACCUAAACUGAGUCGACGCUCGACGGCCCUUCAGAUUUCUAAAAUCCGCAAUUCUUUUCCAUAUUUAAUCUGCUAUAAUUUUCUACUAUAAUGGUUUACAUAACUUCGUGGGACGAGUUCGUUGAGCGAUCGGUACAGUUGUUCCGCGCGGACCCUGAUUCUACGCGGUAUGUUAUGAAGUAUCGGCACUGCGACGGCAAGCUGGUUCUCAAGGUCACUGAUAACAAAGAGUGUCUGAAGUUCAAGACAGACCAAGCACAGGAUGCUAAGAAGAUGGAGAAACUAAAUAACAUUUUCUUCACUUUGAUGUCUCGCGGCCCUGACGCUGAUGUGUCAGAAGUUACAGGCAAAGAACAGACAGAAGCACAGCCAGGGAAGAAAGGAAGAGGAAGGAAACAAUAACUUAUCUAGCUGCUAGACGGAUUAUAUGACUUAUCUUACAUGACUUGUGGAUGAAUUAAAUGAAUGUUUGGAAUGCUUUUAGACAUGUGGAUGGUCCAUAUUAAAUGCCAUUUGUAGGGAUUACCAUUGAAAAAAAAUUGUGGGAUAUUCAGUUCUUUUCUUAAUCCCAUUCAUGUGGCAAUAAUCUGAAAUACAAGUUUUUUUUUUUGUCA